GGACUUUUGGGAAAGUCUUGGAAUGUUUAGACUAUGAAAGGAAAGAGAUUGUAGCAAUUAAAAUUGUUCGUUCAAUAAACAAGUACCGGGAAGCUGCCAUGAUUGAAAUUGGUGUCCUACAGGAACUUUCCAGGCAUGAUGUUGGUAGCACACGUUGUGUGCAAAUACGGGAAUGGUUUGACUAUCGUAAUCAUGUUUGUAUUGUAUUUGAGAAGCUUGGACCAAGCUUAUACGAUUUUCUCUGCAAAAACAGCUAUCGUUCAUUUCCAACUGAUCUUGUUCGGGAGUUUGGCAGACAACUUUUGGAAUCUGUAGCAUGUAUGCAUGAUUUACACCUGAUUCAUACAGAUCUGAAACCAGAAAACAUACUUCUUGUUUCAUCAGAAUAUGUUGAAGUGCCAGAUUAUAGGAUCUCUAAUGUUUUGACUAUAUGCAACAAUCUGCCAAAGUCAAGUGCUAUUAAGCUAAUUGAUUUUGGGAGUACUACUUUUGGACAUGAGGACCACACCUACCUGGUGUCAACGCGUCAGUAUCGUGCACCAGAAGUUAUUCUUGGUCUUGGAUGGAACUAUCCUUGUGACUUGUGGAGUGUGGGUUGCAUACUUGUUGAACUUUGCUCGGGUGAGACCCUUUUCGAAGCACAAGAGAACUUGGAACAUCUGGCUAUGAUGGAGAGGGUGCUAGGGCCCCUGUCACAUCAUAUGAUUAUUAGUGCAGAGUAA